AGGACACACAAGCGCACACAGGCAGGAAACCAGCUAUAACAGCACAGUCUGUUGGAGUACAGUCUAGUGACAGACAGGAAAUCCUGUUGCAAUAAUACUAUGAUGAAAUAAGCAAAUCUCAACAGAGAGACAUGUCAGGAAAUGAUGUUAGUAGAGGAAGGGCUCUACACCCUCUGCAUUACCAGGCGUUGUCGCAUUACAAGGCGUUACUUGAGAAGCUCCAAAAACGUGUUUCCUGCAGUCAUGUUUGUUUCUGAUCCAGCGACGAUUAUUUUACUGGUUUUGCUCUGUCUGUUUUUAUUCAAUAUUUUCUAUGGCUCAAAAGAGAACCUUAAAAACUUCCCACCCGGACCAAAGCCAUUGCCGAUCAUUGGAAAUAUGCACAUUCUAAACCUGAAGAAACCACACAAGACCUUCAUGGAGCUCUCCAAGAAGUAUGGUUCUGUGUUCAGCAUAAAAAUAGGGACCCAAAAAAUGGUCAUCCUGUGCGGGUACGAGACGGUGAAAGACGCUCUCGUAAAUCAUGCUGAGGAGUUUUCAGAUAGACCUCACGUUCCGCUGUUUCACGACAUAUCAAGGGGAUACGGUGUCUUGUUUGCUAAUGGUGAGGGCUGGAAAGUGAUGAGAAGAUUUACUCUUUCAACACUACGAGAUUUCGGGAUGGGGAAGAAAAUAAUUGAAGAUAAGAUUAUAGAAGAGUCUGACUCAUUAGUAGAGAAGUUCAAGUCUUUUGGAGGAAAACCAUUUGAAAACUCCGUGAUAGUGAACGCAGCUGUAGCCAAUAUAAUUGUGUCCAUAAUCCUUGGCCAUCGUUUCAACUAUGAAGAUCCAGUGUUUCUGAGACUAAUGAGUUUAAUAACGGAAAACAUCAGACUUAUGGGAACUCCUAUGGCCAUGUUGUAUAAUAAUUUCCAGUCUGUGAUGUGCUGGUUACCGGGAAGUCACAAAACCGUGCGUCAGAACGCCAUUGAGACGCAGAAAUUUAUUAAAGAGACAUUCACAAAGAGCAAAGAGCAGCUGGACGUCAAUGACCAGAGAACUCUUAUUGACAGUUUUCUUAUCAAGCAGCAAGAGGAGAAACCAGAGUCUGCUAAGUAUUACCACGAUGAAAAUCUUACAAUGACCGUCAGUAACCUGUUUGCUGCUGGAAUGGAGACCACCUCAACCACUCUGAGAUGGGGUAUUCUGCUCAUGAUGAAAUACCAAGAGAUCCAAAAGAAUGUUCAGAAUGAAAUAGAAAGAGUCAUUGGAUCAGCUGUACCUCAGACUGAGCAUCGGAAGGAAAUGCCAUACACAGACGCCGUGAUCCACGAGAUUCAGAGAUUUUCCAACAUAAUACCAAGUAAUCUGCCACAUGCCACAGCCCAGGAUGUCACCUUCAGGGGGUAUUUCUUACCAAAAGGGACUUACGUCAUCCCGUUGCUGACCUCCGUCCUCCGAGAUGAGGCUCACUUCGAGAGACCGAACGAGUUUUACCCUCAACACUUUCUGAACACUGAUGGGCAUUUUGUGAAGAAUGAGGCGUUUCUGCCAUUUUCUGCUGGUAAAAGAAGCUGCGCUGGUGAGAACAUGGCUAAAAUGGAACUGUUCCUCUUCUUUACAAAACUGCUGCAGAACUUCACUUUCAAAGCUCCUCCGGGGGCUGAGCUGGACCUAGAAGCUGCGGUUGGAUUCACAACGCCUCCUAAGCACCAUUAUGUUUGUGCUGUGUCUCGCACCUAAGAUCUAAGCACAAAGAGAAAACAUACUGUACAUUAAAUGAACUACUGUACUACA